UUUUAAUACUCUUCUUACUAAUGAAUUUAAAGAAGACUAAUAAAUAUAUUCAAUUGAUACCAAAUUAGUUAUGAAGUUGUAAGUUUUUUUUCAUCCUUCAUCAUGAUCAAGAUUAAAAAUUGAUAGUCAUUGAUAAGAUAAUUCAAAUAAUGACAAUGAAGAAUAUCCAUAUAAAAGAAGAUAAGAGUUGCGAGUUAUUGGUCAAGUUGAUUGUUCAAACAUGAAUCGGUGUAUAUUUAUUUUUGGGAGUAUCUGCUGUUUCACACUUAUUGGAGGACAAAUUAAUAAACCUGAUUCAAGAGCGUAUUGUUUUAAUUUUACUUGGCUGGGUCCUAGCUACAGUAAUAGUUCAUCAGUGAAUUUUGCUUGUCCUGAAUCAGAAAAAAUUCCAUGCAUACAACCUUUUGUUGUUACAACUAAUUCGCAAGUUCCAAAUACAACUUCGAUGUGGGAGAAAAGAGAUGAAUAUAAUAUUUCAAUAAUUUGCCCUUUAGUAUCUGGAACUUGUAUAAAAUAUAGUUAUAUCUAUGAUAAUACAGUAUUGAAUACGACAUAUUUUUGUGGAAAAAUGACAGAAGAUCAAACUAAUCCUGUAACUACUGGUUGUUAUACGCACACGGUGAAUGGUUAUACUAUUGAAGCUUGUGCCUGUAAAUCAUUCGGAGAUGGUCCACCUUGUAACUCAUCUCCAUCGACCUAUUUACCAUCACCGUUUAUAUUUCUCAUUAUGAUUUUCACCAUUUAUCAAGCAUUGUAGACCUUUUCUUAGGAAAUUAAAUUUUUUAUAAAAAAUUAUGAAAAUUCUAUUCAGUUUAUAAUUCAACUUUGCUAUUAGUUAUUGAA